GAAAAACUUCGGCAGGCCUAGUGACUGCGGAUUGCUUGACACUUCCGAUCCCCGCCUGGAAACUGCGACUCCUCCACAAGAUAAUGCCACUCUAACCAUCACCCACGUCGUCCUUAUAUUGAACUCAUACUGCGCACCACCAAGCACAUCCGAGUUGUCUGCGAGACGACCAGGAAUUCUGCAAUAUGGUUCUCUCCGAUUUGGGUCGGCGGAUCAACGCCGCAGUCUCAAACCUCAACCGCGAACCUAAUCUCGAUGAGAAAGCCUUUGAGUCUAUGGUCAAGGAGAUCUGCUCGGCCUUAUUAUCAGCAGACGUCAACGUCCGAUUAGUCAAGAACCUGCGGAAAUCCAUACAUAGCGCCGUCAACUUCAAAGAUCUACCACCUCACACGAGCUCGAAUACUAAGAAGCGACUCAUUCAACAGGCCGUCUUUGAUCACCUUGUUCAGCUGGUAGAUCCUCACGCCGAGCCCUACAAGCCCAAGAAAGGAAGAUCCAAUGUUAUCAUGUUUGUCGGUCUUCAAGGUGCCGGAAAAACAACGACAUGUACAAAAUUGGCAAGGCAUUACGCACAACGAGGAUUCAAAGCAUGUCUGGUCUGCGCCGAUACUUUUCGUGCGGGCGCAUACGAUCAGUUGAAGCAGAAUGCCACGAAGGCGAAAAUACCUUACUACGGCUCCCUCACGCAGACGGACCCCGCGGUUGUCGCAGCGGAGGGUGUUGCUCGUUUCAAGAAAGAAAAGUUCGAAAUCAUCAUCGUUGAUACCUCAGGUCGUCACCAGCAGGAAGCAGACCUAUUCGCGGAAAUGGUGCAGGUUCAAAAUGCUAUAAAGCCAGAUCAGACCAUCAUGGUGCUAGACGGCACGAUCGGUCAAGCAGCGGAAUCACAGUCAGCAGCCUUCAAACAGACGGCAGAUUUCGGAGCCAUUAUUAUCACAAAAACUGAUGGUGGAGCGGCUGGAGGUGGUGCUAUAUCAGCCGUCGCAGCAACACAUACCCCCAUUAUCUUUCUGGGUACCGGCGAGCAUAUGAUGGACCUGGAACGAUUUGCUCCAAAGCCGUUUAUCUCGAAAUUGCUCGGAUACGGUGACAUGACCGGGCUGAUUGAACAGAUUCAGACGAUAACGAGAGAAUCGGCAGGAAUGAAGGAGACGCAAAAACACUUGGCCGAGGGUAUUUUCACGCUGCGAGAUAUGAAAGAGCAGAUACAGAACAUUAUGAAACUUGGCCCCGUAUCGAAAUUGGGCGCCAUGAUUCCCGGAUUGGGCAACAUGAUGCAAGGAAUGUCGGACGAAGACGGAAAUGAGAAGUUGAAGCGGAUGAUCUAUAUUUUCGACAGUAUGACCGCCAAAGAGCUGGACUCUGACGGCAAAAUCUUGGUCUCGCAACCGACCAGGCUGACACGAAUAGCCUGUGGCUCUGGCACAAGCGUGCGCGACGUUGAGGAAGUCCUCACACAACAUAGAGUGAUGUCUGGACUUGCCAAGAAUAUGGGAGCUCAGCGCAAGAACAUGCAGAGGGCACAGUCCAUGAUGCAGGGAGGAAACAAACAACAACAGAUGGCUGCCAUGCAGAAACGAAUGCAGUCGAUGGGUGGAAUGGGCCGAGGAAUGCCCGGUGGAGGGGAUAUGGGCAAGAUGAUGGAGAUGUUGCAGUCGAUGGGAGGUGGGAACAUGAUGAGCCAGAUGGGCAACAUGUUUGGUGGAGGUGCGGGCGCGGGUGGAGGACGAGGACGCGGAAGAUGAUAGAGAUGAUAUCGUUACCAGUACCAAAUGCGAUACCCCUUCUACGCUAAUGUCUGGAAGAAUGCAUGCGUGUUUCAUUGUGAGCAUGUUCCAGAGCAACAGAGGCUGAUCCGAUAGCCACCAAUUCGCCACCGAGUCCUGUUGUGUUGGGGAUGUACGUCUCAGACAUGUACUCAGCACAGUGCUUAUUCGACUGCAGUCGGAAGUUGCGGGAAACACCCCUGGUUUGGACUUCGACCUGUUACUGACUGAGGAUACACGGGUGAUAUUGUCAUUUGGCG